CAUCGAACGAGCUCCAAAGCAUCGCAUCGAUAACUUAUCAACAGCACUUCCUCCACCGCCGUUGCUAUCGACACGCCCACCGCACGCGAAACGAUCGACGACCGCUUAGCCUUGCCUGGCCUCACCUUUCCUGCCGGCGUCCGGAACUCGUUCUUCACAAGUUCAGAAGCCCUUCGGAUCCCCAUCCCCCGCCGUCGCCCACUCCCUGCGAAACGUGACCCAACUUGACGCACCAUGGCAUUGUCGCCCACCUCUCCUGGCCCAGAUUCGAAUGCUCAAAAUGAGCUUAUGAGCGCUCUCGCAGCGCUGCAUGUCGGCGGACGUUUCUCUGAUCUUACCAUUACUUGCAACAACAAGCAAUGGGCUGUACACAGAGCCAUUUUGUGCUCUCGAAGCGGCUUCUUCGACGGCGCAUGUUCGCAUCAAUUCAAGGAGUCGAGCACCGGUGUCAUUGACUUGAGCGAAGACGACGAGGAUGCUGUUGAUCAAAUGAUCCACUAUUUCUACUACCUCGACUACCUGAACGAACAACCCGAGCAGCAACCAUCCGCUAUGUUCCGACAUCGUGCAUACUCCGAUCAAAGGCGAAGAGCACAAAAGAAGCUGGACUUCUCCCAGAUCGAAGAUCCUCUGAUGGCACAAGCAAAUUCGUACGCUGUCCCAGAUCCUCUCACGCCACCAGCAUCUGCGCACAGUGAUAGGCGAUCAAGCUUCGACUUCGACAAGCCUCGAUCACCAGUCAGAAUGCGCGCCGGCACACCCCCAGCAGAAAUCGAAGAGAUGUUCAGCGAAGAAGAAUACGACGAUGGAUACGAGUCUACGGAAGACGAAUCGCACCUGAUUCUUCAUGCUCAGGUCUAUGCGUUGGCUGAGAAAUAUGACAUUCCGUCCUUGAAGUACCUAUCAAAACGAAAGUUCGAAAUGGCAGCGGCAUGCUACUACGAUGCACCCGAACUCGCAGAUGCCAUUGAGUACGUCUACACAUCGACGAUUGAUCAGGAUCGAGGUCUACGGGAUGUCAUUCUACAGCUCUUCAGGAGCCAUCCUCAGCUGGCAAACACUCAAGACAUCUUCUCUGUCAUCAAAGACACACCAUCUCUGGCCCUCGAUCUCUGGAAGGUGGAACGUGGCUUGCUUUAGGCGAACGACGAGUUAGGGUCUCGGCUUCCGGAUUGCUUAUUCACAAACGAACCACCCAUUUGGUUCGGUCUCAAACCAUCCAUUCUACAUAUCACUCCCACCUCUGCCUAAGUGGCGAGCCGGCUCGCCGGCUUCAUGCAUGGCCGCGUUGCACCACCGCAUAGACGACAUGAAAGGCUCGCCCACACAGCCCCUCAACGCACUAUUGAGUCAGGAAGGGACACUACCCCGACUUGGCAAACGCCACAACGGGGUCGAAACGGCUCUACGAAGCUUACUAGCAGAGGGCAGAGUUGACUGGAUUCACAUUAUUGUAUGAAUUGAACAGACCAAAGUGGCAACCGCGGGCCGCAAGGCUAUAGGGAAGAUGGAGAGGCAUGAAGUAUUGGCGUUAAUUUGGCGCGAAGGAACGUGAGAUCAAAAAGAUACCCAGCAGGCGAUUGGGCAGGACUAUUGCUACAGUAUGUACCUUACCCUUCAACGAUGAGAUGUAAGAGUUAUUAGAUCAGUUCGCAGAGGACCCGAAGUCGCUCUGGCAACGUUACU